AUGAAACAAAAUGACAUUUAUGAAUACUUCAACAAUAGAUGUCAAGCUAUAGAUUCUUCUGAGCUACUAGACGUAAUCAAAACAUAGCUAACUAAGCUGAAAACAGAUGCUUCACUUGUGAGUAUAAAAGAAAAGUUUCUUAAUAAACAAAUGAUUUUUCCACAAAAAUGUGAUAAUAUCAGCCUUAUUAUCAAGCAAUCAUUGCAAUCUGUUGAUAGAAAUAUUGGAGCAUCUUCAAAGAAACGAAUCAGCAUAUCACCAAUAAAAGAAUCUCACACAAAUGUAUCAAAAAAUUCAAAACUCACAAGUGAUACAGCUAGCUCAAGCUCACUUAGCACAGAAAAAGAAAUUAAAAGAAGACGAAAAGAAUUCAAAGAUUUGCUUAAAAAAUUAAACCAAGAAAAAGAAGAAAGAAGAAUUUUGAUGGAAAAAGAAGAGGCCAAACAUCAACUAAAAAUUAGCGAAGAAAUCGAGCAAAUAAAAAGGUCUAAAACUGAACAUGAAAAUUUAAUUAGAUUAACAAAACAGCAACAGUUAGAAGAAUUGCAUUUAAAAAGCCAGCAGCGAAAAGAAUCAAUGCGCUUGCAGAUAGAAAUUUUAAAAGAAAGAACCCCAAGCCAUGAAAGACCGAGAUUUGUAAUUAUGGAAGAAAAAUUCAGACAUGAGUUUGAAAUGCCUGAGCUAGAAAAACGUAAAUUAAUUUUAGCUAAAAAAAGAUUCCAAGUUCAGCCGAUGAAUCAAGAAGAUUUUAAAGAGCAUUUAAAAAAAUAUAAAGAAUACAUAAAAGAUGCUCAAGAAAGACGAGCUCGAAAGCUCAAGGCAAACUCGCUUGAAAGAAGCCUUAACUCUUAUUCAAGUGUAAGAUCUCUCAAGCGUUUUGAAGAUAAACCUGACGAUUGCGCACAAAAAGAAUUUUUUGAAAGACAGUGCAAAAUGAAAAAGCAAAAAAAAUAUGGCGAAAUUGUUAGAGAAUUUUUCGCACCUAAGCUUGCAGAAAAAAUUAGGUCAGAGUCAAGUUUAAACUUCAGAGGCAACCAAUUUGCAACACCUAUGAGAAUCAAAAAACACCAAAACAUCAGAGCUGCAACUGAAGCAAGUUCAGCAAGUAUAAGUCCUAUCCCAUCUCCUUUCACUGAACGAAUUAAAAAAAUCAAACCGAAAUUAAAAAUAAAAAGUCAGCAAAGCAUCACCCCCAAAAUAAAAGAAACACAUAAUUAUCUAUCUGAACAACGCAAAAAAAGAGAAGAAUUUUCCACCCUAAAAAACUCUUUUGAAUACGAACACAUUGAUUGAGAUAGCAUUGGGCUUGGAACGGGGUUAAGGCAAGACAGAGCAAAAAUCAUUAGAGAAAUGGCACAAGAUCUUGAAAGAGAAGUCAGGCGACAAGAAAUUAUAUCGAAAUCUAUAUCUCCUAUGAGCGAUAAAAGCUUGAAAAUAGAAGAAUAUAUGAACGACCUUCUGCUUCAGUCUGUCAAAGCAAAAAUGAAAUUAGUAAGAAAUAGCUAA